GACUAGAUGUAGAUGCUUUGAGAGAAAGACGAAAUGUGAGGUCAAAAGUGACGACGAUAGAAUAAUCAUGAUCAUUUCUUACCAAAUCAAUCGAUAAAAUCAUUUAUAAAUGGAAGUUAUCUGACAUCAAGAUCAUUAUUAACGAAAUGGAGGCACAAGUAUCAACAGUUAUCCAUGAUGGUACAAAACAUUUUGAAAAUGAAAAACUAAUUAAUAUUGCUGAUGACAUCAAGUUGAAUUUUAAAACCAAUUAUGAUAUUGUAGAAAAUCAAAUUGCAAAAUCAGAUGAAUUAAAUAUCACUAAUCUAUCAGAGACAGAUAACCCACAAGAUGCUCAAGGCAAGAAUCAAGCCCCAAAUUUUGAUCAAGGAAAGUGCGAAGGAGAGAUCAGCAGUAACUGUACCGAUGUUGGAGUAUCAAAGGAAAAAUCUGACAAUGAAAAUGAAGAGAGCAAAACCAAACAGAUUGAAGAGGAUGAGAAGGCAAUGCUACUUUCUUUCAUUAAUGAAGUGGAACAAAGAGCUCAAGCAAAACUACAACUGCGAGAAAAAAACCAGGCACCUAGCAGACCUGAAGAAGCAGCGCUCGCUAAACUGGAUUCUAGUCUAAAGAAAAAUACUGCAUUUAUCAGGAAACUGCGAAACUUCACAGCACCACAGCUGGCAAGUUUGAUAAAAGACAUGUCUACCUUGAAUCUGUCGAAGUAUAUAAGUGAGGUGGCUUCAGCUUUAGUAGAAGCUAAACUUAAACUGAACGAUGUUCCUGCAGCAGUUUUGCUUUGUAGCCAGAUGCAUACGACUUAUUUAGAGUUUUCCAAAGUGCUGUUGGAACAUUGGGUGAAAACUCUAUCUUUAAAGAAGGACGAAAAGAUUGCAAAUCCUAGUAAGCUGCGAGUGGACCUCAGAUUUUAUGGGGAUUUGAUCACUUCAGGGAUAUUCCAGUACAAGGAGGCUCUAACACUACUGGGAAAUGUACUUACGUUCCUCUCAACAUCAGAUAGAGAAGAGCACAAUAACAUAAGCAUCAUUCUUAGCUUCUGCAAACAUUGUGGAGAAGAUUAUGCAGGUCUUGUACCAAGAACUAUGCGAGUUCUGUCAGAAAAACACAAUAUUCCGAUCCCUAGAAGCUCCAUGCUCCCUCCUGAGAAGCAGAAGAAUGUUCGGUCACUAGUCAAAGACUACUACAGUUCACUUUGUAAACAUCUUCUAAAGGAACAUGGUGAGUUGCAAGCUUUUGAACGACAAAACCGAAGAAUUCUGCAGACUAAAGGAGAGCUUAGUUCUGAGAGGAAGGAGCGAGGAGAGGCCCUUGCUGCUUCGUUCCAGAAACUUCACAACGGGACUGUCAACUUCGCUGAGAUUCUUGAUGAAGAUGUUCCAGAAUUACCUGAAGAAAGUCUUGCAUCAAGGACCAACACUUAUACUGAAAACUUUGGCAAUUUUAGAGAGCUUAGUAAAGCAGAAGCAGAAAUGUUCAGUAUUGGAGGUAUAACAGACUCAGACGAUCCUUCAUGCGCCAUAUGCCUUUGGGAAGAUGAAGAAACACAGCGAUUCUAUACAGAGUUUCCCAACCUCAAAGAUUACUUGCCAAACUACAAAGUUGUCAAAUCAGAUAAAGCCUCUUCUGCUACGAUGACGGAAGAGAAACUCGAUGAAGAUCUCAAAGAAGAAGAAUUGGAAGAUGACAAGAAAGAAGAAGAAGUGGUGGCUGAAACUAUCGAAGAGAUUGAAGAGUCAGAUAACAAUAGUGCCAACAAUAAAAUAUUGUUGGAUGGAUUUUUGAACCUGCUUUCAAAUUGUGUCAAUCGGGAAAUGAUUGACAAUGCUGCGAUUGAGUUUCUCAUGUACCACAACACCAAACAUCAUCGCAAGAAACUGGUCAAGACUUUGUUUGGAGUACCAAGGACCAGGCUUGAUUUGCUUCCGUUCUAUGCAAGAUUGGUAGCCAUUCUCAACCCAUUGUUGCCUGAUAUUGCCACGGAUCUGUGCCUCCUACUGAAGCACGAUUUCAAAUAUCACGUGAGGAAGAAGGACCAGAUAAACAUAGAGUCAAAGCUGAAGGUGAUCCGUUUUAUCGCAGAACUGGUAAAAUUUGAGCUAUACUCCAAAAUUGAGGGACUUUACUGCCUUAAAAUUCUACUGCACGAUUUCUCUCAUCACCACAUUGAAAUGGCAUGCACAAUGCUGGAAACUUGCGGUAGAUUCUUCUUUAGAAGUCCAGACACUCACCAGAGGACCAAGGUCUACUUGGAGCAAAUGAUGAGGAUGAAGUCAGGGAAAGCGUUGGAUUCAAGAUAUGUAACAAUGAUAGAGAAUGCUUACUAUUUUGUGAAUCCGCCUGAAAGCCCAGCAUCGAAAGUAAAAGAACGUCCUGUAAUGCACGAGUUUAUAAGACAUAUUUUAUACCAGGAUUUGACAAAACACACUGAAUCCAGCAAGGUUCUUGACUCAAUGAGAAGACUGAAUUGGAGAGACCCACAAAUAUCUGCUUAUGCCAUAAAAUGUCUGACACAAGCGUGGAAUGUUCCUUAUCCCAAUAUCAAAGACUUGGCCAACCUCCUAGCUGGCCUUGUUGAAUACCAGGAGUUUGUGGCAGCCCAUGUUGUUGAUGGGGUGCUAGAAGACAUAAGAAUAGGAAUAGAAGUGAAUACCAAAAAUCUAAACCAGCGACGAGUAGCAAUGGUGAAAUACUUGGGUGAACUGUAUAACUAUCGAAUGGUCGAAAGCAAUGACAUUUUCAAGGUCCUUUAUUCUUUGAUCGCGUUUGGGGUUUCCUUUGAUUACGAGAGAGUUUCACCAAUAGAUCCGCCAGAUCAAUUGUUUCGCAUUCGCCUAGUCUGCACACUCCUUGAAACCUGUGGACAGUAUUUCAGCCACGGACCCAGCAAAACAAAGUUGGACUACUUCUUUGUUUUCUUUCAGCAUUACUUCUGGUUCAAACACUCAGACUCAGUUUGGACGGAUGAUAAUCCAUUCCCAACAAACAUCAAUCACAUGUUCAGGGAUUGUCUUACUAGUCUGAGGCCUACUAUCAAGCUGUCAGAAAGUUACCAGGAGGCUGAAGAAAGUGCUCGUCAACUUACAGAGAAAAUGAGGUCCAAAUGGGAUCCACUCAUCAACUUCCAGCAUAACGAUGAUGAACUAAAUCCAAUUAUGGAGACAGAGAAUGAAAAUGAAACAAAUGAUGAAGAAGAAGAUGACGUUGAGGAAGAUUUGACUGGAGUUGAUAAUACCAGGCAAGGCUCAUUGUCUGAUGAAGGGGAAGAAUCAGAUGAGGAAAAAUCAGUCGCUCAAAGUUUGAAGAGCUUAAACAACGAAGACGAACACAACAACAUAAAACACAUGAAAAUCAUUGACAGGGAAGAGACCCAAAAUGAUGCUGUAGUGGAGAACGGGAAAAAAGACUGGAUUAAUGACAACGAUGAUCUUGACGUAGACUCAGACAACGAUCUAUCGGACAAUCAGAACUCAAGAAGCCAUAGUCCUGAAGAUGAUGAUUUCCUCGCAGCGUUCGACAAAAUGGUUUCAGAUAACCUUCAAGAUCGAAUGAGAGACAAUGUCAAACCCCAGCAUGUUGAUAUUCCCGUUCCUCUACAUGUGAAAACAAAUGCAAAAAAGACCUAUGAACAACUUCAAGAUCCGGAAACGGAAGAAAAAGGAACAGUCAAUUUUGUUCUAAUGUUGAGGAAAGGGAACAAACAACAAUACAAGAGUGUUGCUGUGCCUACUGACUCUGAACUGGCUCUUAACCUGAGAUCACAAGAGAAGGCGGAAAGAGUAGAGAUGGAAAAAGUCAAGAGGCUAACUCUCGACAUAAACGAUCGUCUGGAGGAGGAGGAUUACCAGGAUCAAUUGUGUCAGAAUCAAAAACCAGCUAUGGUCAACCUAAACCGAGAGAGGAGACACAAAUAUCAGCAUCCCAAGGGAGCCCCAGAUGCAGAUGUUAUAUUUGGGCGGAAAAAGGUCCAAAGAUAAUUGUUGUAAACAGGCUACAGAUUUUAAUUAAGAUGAGUUUUAGCAAAUUUCCCAAAGGAAAUAAGCUUAAAAAGCUGAUUUUAAUAUAAUUUUAAUUUCAAUUUAUACUUUUUUUAAUUUAAAAUAUUUUUAAAUUGUUAUAUAUAUUUGUUAAUAUUAAAAUUAUAUAUAUUUUUAAGAUAUUUAAAUUUUACAGACUUAACAAUAGAAACAUUGGAUUAAUCAACUUGUAAUUUCCAUCAGUCAACUUUACAAGGGUGAGUCCUUUAGCAUUUAUAGCCGUUAUAUUUUUAUCUGGCUCUUUAGAAAUCCUAGUCAUUAUAAAAGUGUUAACACCUGCCUUGAUCCCUAAUUUUUUGGUGUAAAUAUAUGUCUGUAAUAUUUUUUAUUAUAUCAGCAUAUUCAUGUAAUUAUAUUUAUUGUCUAUGUAUUAGGUAUCUUUGAUUUUUGAGGUUUUUGUUUGAUAAUGUUACUGAUUUGGUCUCAGGUUAUAAAAUUUGUCUGAGGUUCCUUUUUUAUUAUGAUAUUUUUCGUUUAAAUUAUUUACUAGGGAUAAUCAUUUACAUUUAUUAUCGUGUGUACAAACUUAUAAAGUAAAUAUGUGUUUUUUUCUGUUUUCAUAGUGAUAGUUUAUUCUAUACUAAUUUUAAAAAAUAUUUUAAGUGGUUAAACAAGUGAAGGUUUUUGUUUGGCUCCACGGAAACAUUUAUGUUCACAUUUGCAUCCGUCUCCUCUCAUUGUGGCUUACAACUAUUAAGGAAUGGAUUGUAAAUAUAUAAGCAUGUAUUUAGACCUUAACUAUACACCAAUGAAUUUUCUUCUUAAUUUGGAUUUUUGUACCUAUCUGUGUGGGUAAAUCCUUUAGUGUCAUUUUUAAAUUAUAUAAAACAAUACGUCAUGUGAAAAUUAAAUACAUAGUCUUUUCAGAAAUGAAUAACUGAAAUGUUAUGAGCGUUGUGUAACGCGUCACACAGUGUUUAUAAAUUCACCACAUCACAGGGAACUACACCGUCGUUUUACAGUUCUGGCCGCCAAUCUGUUGUUGGUAAACUUCUAUAGUAUCCCCUUCCUCCAUCUCUAGGGUAAGGGGGGUGUAACUCUUGUUUAUUGCUUGGCCAACAAAGCGGAAUCUGACAGCUGCCAUGGCUAGCCCCGCUCGAUCACUGUAGGCAUUUAUCAGUUUACAUAGCGGAGUGUUUUUAAAUUUUAAAUUGCACGAUGGCAUUAUCUUGUCCCAUGACUUUCAGGUUGAUGUGUUCAGUUUCUCCCGCUUUCCUGUCCUCGGCCAUGUUGAAUUAUAAAUGUUUGAAGAUAAAAAUAAUCGCACAAUAACUACGAGCUACAAGAUCCCAAGUGGUACCUAAACAUUUGGCCGACGAACAAUCUACUACUUGUUUCCUCUCAUUAGUUGCAGAUUUGUAUAGUAGUACAUUUGAAACUCGCUAAUCGGGCAUGUUUGGGACAUCAGCAGUACAGGGCUAUUUAAAAUUCUGGAUUGCUGCCAUUUAAAAACUCCCAUUAUUGCUAGGAUAGCACAAACACCCCUAAGUCAUGGUGAAAAGGGCGUUUUACUGAAUACACCUAAUGCUCGAAUUGGAAAUAGCACAUGGAAGGUUUAUUCAAUGUAAAAGUAAAUGGUUCCAACAAACUGGGAGAAAGUAUGUUCCCUUUAGCUUGUCAAAAACCCUUAUAUGUCUACAGACUGAGUUUAAGUGGUAUUAUUAUAACGUUACUCAGUCUCUACAUAGGAUAAGAACUUCAAAUGUGAACCUUUACCACUGCUAUAGCAAAUAUAUUACAUUUCAAGGUAGCAGUCAUGAAAUACCUUCGAUGUAAAAUUUAACCAAAUCCGUUAAUUUUAUCAUAGUUUGUGCCCAGUAACUAUGGAUGGAAAAUUUUAUGCUUAACACAAACUCUUUCCCCUAAAAUUUUAUCCAACAUAAUGAUAUUAUCAAUGACUUUUUUAGAAACUGCCUUAAGUAUUCCAUCACAAAACGUAUAUUGUGUUACAUCCAAACCCAUAAAAAACCUUGUAAAUUCGACUUGAAUAACAAAUUUGGAAAACCAAUACAAAUGGCCCCUUAGCUUGCUCAAGAAUUUGAUCCCGGAAUUUUAGUUGUUUUUAACUUUGUGUUAAAAACUGCAAAAGUUUUAAAAAACUGUUUGCAUUUCAAGCUUUAUAAUGGUAUAAAGCAUGUCAUAUUUUAUGUCUGCCUAAGUGGAGGCAUAUUGCGUUAAAAAUAAAAUUCAUUAUUUUUUCACUGAUUGCCAUUAAUUACAAGAAAGCAUUAAAUUAGUGAAAGUAGUGUGCAAAGUUGGCUGUAAUAUUUGAGUAGCCUACAGCUAAAACUAUUCAUAGUUUAUUGAAUACUAGGUAAAAUAAAAGUAGAGUAUUUUAUAAAUAAAAGUUUUUUUAUUUUUACACUAUUUGGCAGUUUUCA